CAUAUUUCUAUCAUUUGUGGAUAUUAGCCUACCAGUGACUUGGUGCGCAGAUGUAUUCCUAUCUAGAAAAUGGAACGGAGGAAUAUGAUGAUUAUUAUGGUGAUGAUGAUGAUAAUGGGCCAUGUGAUUUCAACAGCAACCACAGCAUGGAGAUGAUCAUUCAGACAUAUAUUUAUGUGCUUAUCUGUGUCUUGGGUCUUCUGGGCAACAUCAUGGUAAUUGUAACAUAUGCGUUUUACAAGAAAGCCAAGUCCAUGACCGAUGUCUACCUUCUGAAUGUGGCUAUUGCUGACCUCAUCUUUGUGAUAGCCCUUCCUCUGAUCAUCUACAAUGAGCAUAACAACUGGCACAUGGGCACUGUGGCAUGCAAGCUCCUGAGGGGGGCCUACAGCAUCAACCUCUACAGCAGCAUGCUCCUCCUGGCCUGCAUCAGUGGUGAUCGCUACGUGGCCAUCGUUCAGGCCAGGAGGUCUUUCGGUAUCCGCUCUCGCACUCUGGUGUACAGUCGGGUCAUCUGCCUCAGCAUCUGGUUCCUUGCUGUAAUCCUGUCCAUUCCCACCAUCAUGUUCAACCAGCGCUAUGAGGAACGUAGCCCUGGACAGGAGGAAGUCACUUUUGAAUGUGACUUUAAAUUCACUGACAAUGACACAAGCACAGCGCAGCUGAUGAAAGUGCUGCUUCCCAGCAUGCAGGUGUCUGUGGGGUUCUUUUUCCCCCUGCUGGUCAUGGGAUUCUGCUACUCCUGCAUCCUGGCCAUUCUCCUCCGGGCUCAGAGCUUCCAGAGACACAAGGCUGUGCGUGUGGUGCUGGCUGUGGUCUUCGUGUUUGUUGCCUGCCAUCUGCCCUACAACGUGGUUCUGCUCUACCACACGACCCGCCUGUUCAAGGUGGGCCGGGAGUGUGCGAGAGAAAAAAUGAUAUUGAUGACCAUCUCGGUGACCAGAAGCUUGGCCUACCUCCACUGCUGCCUCAAUCCUAUCCUGUAUGCCUUCAUUGGGGUGAAGUUCAGGAACCAUUUCCAGAAGAUUCUGGUCGACUUAUGGUGCCAUGGAAAGAAGGACCUUUACACAAGCCGUUCUUCAAAACAUACAUCUGAGCUCUAUGUAUCAGCCCCAUACAAGUCACGCGAGGUGUCCAACAACGAACACCAAUCAUCAUUUACUAUGUGAGACACAACCUCACAGUGUCUGUAUUCUUUGCAAUUGCAUGUUGGCAUGUUGGCGACUGUGUAUCACCCAGAUGUGUGGCUAAAAGAGUUCGCAAAUGUGACAAAGUUGUGUGCAAGCAGCUUCAAUACCGGAAGUUUGUUGUCGUGUAAACAUGUUUUGUAAACAAAAUAGUGUGGGUUGUUGUCCAUCACAUCCUUUAAUGUGAAGAGUGUUGAAGUGAA